AUGAACGCUGAGCAAUCAACCCCUCCUUCAAAACGAAAGGCAGACCGCACGCCCAAAGUCGAGACUAGCGGUACUGGUCAUGAACUCCACGUCGAGACCAUGAAUACCAAAGCCCUUCCUAUACCACACCCCUCCUGUUUCGACCAUCCUCGAAGAUGUGCCACUGCUCGGGCCAGGCGAGCAUCGCUCAACCUGUUGACCAUGCCCGUCGAGAUCCUGGCGAUGAUUUUGGACGAAUAUCAUCUCAUGGACCUUCCCUUGACGCUACUCAUGACGGCAUGUCGCACCCUGAAUGAAGUUAUCAAGAAUACACCCCGACUCUGGCGCCGUAUCUUGAUUUCCUUGGAUUCGAUGCCUCCGAGUCUCAAAGCGGGUAGUACCAUGGCCUGUGCAACCGAAAAGUUCCUGCAGACGUGCAUCCAGCGCGCUCGCAACUCACCGCUCGAGGCCACUCUAGUCGUCGGCCGUAUUAACGAGUCUUCUCCCACUCCAGAGUUUAGGAGGGCAAGGUUCCAGAUGCUUAUGUCACGCUCGAGCCAGAUUUCCUUCCUUUGCCUCAUCAUCAACCCCGACACUCCCCUUCACGUCAUCAAAGAUUCCUUUCAUGGCCUUUUCAACGACUCUACGGCCUUUCCGGCCCUGGAGUCUCUGAUGAUCACCUCGGCAUUGCCCAUCCCAGGUCUCUUUGAGGUCUUCCAUCCUCUUCUGGACCAGCUAGAACGCACGACGGUCAAGUUAAGAUCACUUUAUCUCGGAAAUAUGACCCGUGACUUCAUACUAGCGGCCAGAGAAUACAAGAUUUGGCGCAAGUUGCGCAAGAUCACCAUCAAGGGUAACUCUAGACCCUUCCAUGUCACCAUCUUCGAAGGAUGCGAGCACCUCGAGCACUUGGAUAUCUCAAACAAGCUCCUUGGACAUCCUUCGUAUGCCUUGGAACCCCCUAAUCGCGGUGGGCCCCUUGGAAUCCUCGACCCAGACGACAUGGACGUCAAUGAGAUGGAGGGAUGUGCUAGCGAAACUAUAUCCCAGUCCAGAGUUUCCCUGAGAAACCUCCGGUCCCUGCGUGUCGGCGAGAUUGCGAUGUCAGGUCUCCAGGAGCUUCACAUGCCCAAACUGCGGCACCUCGUGAUCCAAUCCGCCCUUCCUAACGAGGGACAUCUCCCACAUCUCCCGGAACACUCCAUUAGCCUGCCAAGCCUCCAGGUUCUCCAUGCCGUAACCUCUCACUCCGAAAUCAAUGCUAUAUCAGCCCCCGAACUGCAUACAUUGUGCCUCAAAGUCACCGCACUGAAACGCGCUGAUGCCGAUAGCAUCGUAUCGAGUAUCUUCCACGGCGGAGAGGGUAUAUGGACGCCUAUUAAUCUCGAACUACAUGCGCCUAUUCACGAUAAGCAGUACGAGGAGAUUUACAGGCGCCUGCCUCAGAUUGAGACGCUGAAGGUCACCCUCACCAAGCAACCAAGCGACACGUUUUACAAGGCAAUCAAGAAACGUGGUAUUCUCCCAAAUCUCCUUCGCCUUGUUGUCAAAUUGGAGGAUGACCUGCUCUGGUCCAACAGCGCCUCGACUGCACCUCAGAUGCGUACCGUGCGGCAUCUCCUUGAUGGAGGCCGAGCUCCUAUGAGCAUUCACAAUCUGCAUAGCAGAGAAGACCUCCCGUCAAGCUUCACCACCCAGGGCGUCACUCUACCCUGGUCUAAUACUAGCAGGUCACGCGAAAGAAAUCUGCCACCCAUAUCCUUCUCCAAUUCGGGUUACACUUCAACCUUCCUUCCUCUUUCCGAACGAGUUCGCCCAGCCAUGGUAGAAGUUGUGAGGGUAAGGACGACGCAACAACUUCCUUUUGCGUUCUUCAGUUGCCACUAUGCCGCCGAGAAUCUCACGGAAAUCUACGCCGAGAAUAACAUUUGCCACAUCUGUCGCCAGAAUGCAAAUCCGAGCACGUCAAGUAGGAGACCAUAA